AGUAGCAGCGGCUUAAGCUCCAGUUCCCAGGUUGCCUCGCGGCUCCAUUUGAGCCCCAUCUUGAGCGAGGGGAGUGAGCAGUUUGAAUUUCAGCUCCUUCGGCACAGCGCUGGAGAGCGCAGCGCGCACGGACUUUAAAGAAGGGGAAGGGGGGGAGAGAAAGAAGAGAGUGUGAGGCGGAGGGAAAAGGGCCCGGCCGGCUCCUCCGUCGUCGGCGCAGAGAGAGCCGAGGGAGCCGCGUCUAGGAGGCCCGCCCGCCUGAGGGGGCCGCUGUGAGCCGGGCUGGUUCCUCCCCCCUUUUCCUUCCCUCCUCCCGAGAAGAUGCGUCUGGUGCUGAUCUCCAGGUAGACAGCGGAGGCAGGGCGGCCUGCGCCUCACUUGCCGGCUGCCGCCGCCGCCCCUCUUCCCCGAGACCCGUCGGACGGACUAGCGGCCUUGGGGACCGCGGGUCUCGCCGGAAACCCCCGCGGAGAGCGCCACCCCGGCGCUGGGAGCCCCACAGCCGGCUGCGUGAAGAGAGCCGCGGCUGCGAAAGGGGGACGGUGGGGCGCUGCUGAGGGAAGAAGGAGGAGGAGGAGGUGGCGCCGCCCGCCCGCCGAGGGGCCCGCAGCCUUACUCGGGGGGAGGAAGAGGAGGAGCUCGGCCGCCGCCCCCCUUCCAUUCUCCUCUGCCUCGCUCUCCCUUUCCCCCCAUCGCCAACCCCAGGCCUGGUGGUGGCCGCCUGCUGAGCCGGGGCUGCGUCGCGAGGGCCGGAGGAAUGUGCGAUACCGCCGGCGACUGCGCUGUAGACAGAACGUGAUCCUCCCCUCCGCUGCGCCAGGGCCGGCUCGGACUUCUGCCUUCUCCGCCGAGCCUUUUCAUUUUUUGGCUCUCUGCUUUUCUCUUCUCCUCCGGCGAGGGCAGGUGGGCGGAACCCCCCAUCCUCAUUCUUUUCCCCCCGACGACGACUUAUCCUCUUUUAUUCUCCCGGGGGAAGCACCAUGUCCAAGAUGCCGGCCAAGAAGAAGAGCUGCUUCCAGAUCACCAGCGUGACGACGGCCCAGGUGGCCAGCAGCAUCACCGAGGACACCGAGAGCCUGGACGACCCGGAUGAAUCCCGCACCGAGGACGUUUCCUCCGAGAUCUUCGACGUGUCCCGCGCCACCGACUACGGACCCGAAGAUGUCUGCGAGCGCAGCUCCUCCGAGGAGACCCUCAACAACGUGGGCGACGCGGAGACCCCGGGGACAGUCUCUCCCAACCUGCUCCUGGAUGGGCAAGUGGCUGCUGCCGCCGUCGCCGCCGCCGCGGCCUCCGGAGGGAUCCAGCCGCCGCCGCCUUCCCCUGCUGUGCCGACCGCCAACGGAGGAGCUGUUCCCAGGAGCUCCGCGGUGCUCCCAGCGGCUGCCGCCCCGGCCUCUUCAGCGGCAGCAGGAGGCAGCACUGCGCAGGCAGCUGCUGGCUCUGGAGCCAUGCCUCUAACGGCUGCCGCCGCAUGCAGUUCCCGCUUCAGGGUGAUUAAGCUGGACCACGGUACAGGAGAGCCCUAUAGACGGGGGCGAUGGACGUGUAUGGAAUACUAUGACCGGGACUCCGAGGGCGGGGCCGUUUUAGCCAGGACUGGGGAUUGCAUUAGACACAACAGUACUUUUGAACAAGCUGUUCAAGAUAGGGAUAGUGGCCUAGGUGCUACUGGUGGCUCUUUGAUAGUUUCGGGGGUUGCAACUUCGGCACAUGGCCCCGACUCCCUGGCUGACAGCUCUCUUGCUGCUGUGUCACAGCUACUCCAGCCAGAGAAAAUAAACCAACCCUCUCCACAGCAACCCAAUUUUGUCAUUGGGCAGCAGCCCAUAGGCGGGGCUGUGCCUCACAGUAAUGCUCAGCCAAUCUAUUCAGGGGCUACAGCAGCGAGCCAGCAAAUGAUGGGGCCUCCGCUGCAGACCCAGGCACAGGUAAAUGCACAGAACAUGGGACAGGCUGGACCUAAUGGGAAAGGCAUGCCACCUUCGAAUGUAGCGAUAGCCCAGACAGGUUUGCCUAUGCCACAACAGCAGGUACAGCAAGCUAAUGUACCUGUGGCUCAGACUCAGCAAUUUGCUUAUUCUCAGUCGCAGAUUCCACCAGUGCAUCUGGUGCCAGCCCAAACUCCUGCCCAGCCGGAAUACAUUCAACAUAUGACAGUAAUGCAGUCUCAAGGAGCUACUCAACAGGCCAUCUCAGGUUCUGUCCCGAGCACUGGAGCGUCCAGUCUUCCAGCAGCACAAAUAGCUGGUCCAAAUCCCUCACCCAUAGCACCAGUGAUGGGAGUUUCUUCGCAAACUGGUGAAACUGUAGGACAGGUAUCUGGGCUAUUGCAGGGUGGCCUGACAACUCCAAUUCAGACUGUCAUUCCUCAGCCAGGAGGUGUGGUGCAGCAAGGCAUUGGCCAUGCGGGGGUUGUGCAACAGAAAUCUAUGACUCAGCAGCAAAUGGGUGGAAGCAGUCAAGUGGCUGGUGCUCCUCACAGUAUAGUUUCUGGAGUUCAGAAUGUGCCUGCAGCUGUACCGGGUACUAGUGUGCCCAGUGUGUCUACAACUUCUGUUACUAUGCCAAAUGCCCCUGUUACUUUAGUCCAGUCCCAGCUGACCAGCCAUACAUCUGUCAGUAGGAGCUCCAGUGUUGUCCAGCAACAUGUUGGCCUUCCACUAAUGCAAGGCACAACCAAUGUACCUGCAAAUCUGCCACAAUCUAACAUUGGACAAUUUCCAAAUCAACCUUUAGGCCAGAUUGAUGAUACUAGAAGAAAAUCUGAACCCCUACCUCAACCACCACUUUCUCUUGCUGAAAAUAAACUUCUUGUGAAGCCACCUAUUCCGGACACUUUAGCAAACCCUCUUAAUUUACCUGCAACUACUCCUAUGAACAGUCUUGCCAGCUCUGUCUUUGGCAUAUCUAUUCCUGUUGAUGGUGAUGAAGACAGGUAUUUAUCUUCUAUCUUUUUUUUUAUGCAGGUGUCUAGUUGCAGACACUCUUACAGCAUUUAUUUAUCAAGUUUAAGUGUCUUAAUCUCUUCCAAAGAUGUGACAUACGAUGUGACAAAGGGGAUUCACUACUAAACUACUUGUGUAGCAAAAAUGUGUAAACCACCGUAAGGAAGAACUUAAGGAAAUGAGACUAUGAAUAUUAAGCUGAAUACAAAAAGCAAAUCACUGUUUCCGUAGUCUUGAAAAAACAGUUACAAGGACUUUCAAGCCCAUCACAAUUGAUAACUUGAAGUAAGGUUACUCUCUUCCAUUGUUUAAAGCACAAGUUGGAUAUAUAGUUAGUCUUUAUGCUAUACAUUUGUUUAACUUGAGCUAUGUUAGCUGAAUAAAUCCAGACCUAUUCUCUGUUAAUGUUGAAUACAUAUACAUGACAGCAAUGGAAACAUAGUUAUCAAUGGGUGUGUGUAAUUCAGUGGGCAGAUUUGUAACAUGCUUUCUUCAGCAGUUUCAGUGUAAUGGCUGCAAAAGCUUACUAACAAAAUGUGCUUCAUAGGAAAAAGUAAGCAAGUUAACCAUAGUAUCACGUUACUUGUUUUUAAAUAGAACCCUUACUUUAUCAUUGUUAGGUGUGUGGUUAUUAUAAAGGGAAGAAGCUUUGAGAGAUUGGUGAAUAACAGUAUUAACUUGGGAUAUUUGUUCAGAGACAAGUCCCAUAAAAUCAGUGAGGCUUGUUUCAUGAUGUGUAUUUAGGAUUGUAGCUUUAGCAUGCUUAAACUGAAAAGAAGCGAGUUAUAAAGCAACUUGUUUGGGUGUAAGUUGCAAGUUUGCAUGUAUAGAAUUGCAUCGUAAAGAAUAAUUGGUAACUUUUUAAAAAAAAAAUCACUUCAUUAAGAAUCUUACUCUAUGUGAAAAUGUUUAUUUGUACAAGCACAGUAGAAGAAAAUAAGCAAAACAGUACUGUAGCACAAUGAGAGGGGCUGAAGAUGCAAACACUUUCCUUGGGAAAUGACUGAAUUUCCUUUGUAGAAGUGAGAGGACUGUCCUAUUAACCUCUGGCCUAGCUCUGUAAGAGUUCCUCUUUGUAAAUUUAGUAGCAUAGGGAUGGAAAUCCUUAGUCAUCUCUUGCCACAAUCUUAUUAUACCUGUUUAUCUGAGACUAUGCCCCAAUAAAGGGUUAAUUCUGAGUAGAUGUGUAUAGGAUUGCACUGUUGGUGCUAAUUUAAAGUGUAGAGUAACUUUCCCUAAAAUGUGCUUAUUUCUUGAAGUCUUUCAAAUAGCAUAUGAAAUUGCCUUGUGCAUCAGAGUAUUCCAUUACAUUUGAGUUGUUAGCAUCAAGUAGAAAUUCUCUACUUGAGGAAAUUGUAACCUAGUAUAGGUAUGAUCUCUACUUGUCAACAAAUCUACUUAUGAUUAAAUACAGAAGAGAACAGGCACCUGCCGCUUUGCAGAAAUUGAUAGCAUAGCAUUAGCAAUUGGGUAUUACAUCUAACUUGAUUUUGCUAUGGUUUACUGAAGUUGAAACCACCACUAAUGGAGGUAUAUAUCGUAUUUUGUCUUAUUAAAUAAACAUCCUCGCUUCAACUUCAAGAUAAAGGAAAUGGACUUGGUAGGGGGGAAAGGGAUAGCUUUGGUAUUAAGCCUGAUGCUAAUAUCGAGUUGUAGUGCGAGUGAAAAGGGACUUGAGCAAUUCAUCUUUCUCUUCUCCCCCUCCCCCUGAGAAACCUCUGGAGAGUUGCCUCUCUCAGACAGUGGAUCUGUGUUGCCUACUAUGCAGUGUGAGGAGGAACUAGCCUGAAAUUGUGCAGAGGGAUCUGGGGAGUUGCUCUGGUGCACAGUUCUUCCUGAUUUUAGGCAAUACUCUCUGUUGCACCGUGGCCCCAUACAACAGAGUUCCCUCUGAACAGGGAUUUUGGAGAGUACAAGAGUUGCAGGGGCGAGGAAGGGAAGCGAGAGAGUGCUUGCAUGGUCUGCCUUCCACUUGUGCAACCAUUGAAUGCAACCCACUGACAUAAUAUUUUUUAAGUGGGUGUGCUAAUUGGGUUGGAUCUGAUGUAUUGAUAAGAAAUUUUAAUGUAUGUAUAGUGCAAUCCUAAUCACAUUUAUUGAGAAUAUUUUUAGUCUUAGUAUGCUUGCUUCAAAUUGUAGGUUUUGUUCUUCAGUUGGUGGUACUGAUUAAAGGCUGUAUGCAAGUUAUGUUUAUUAUGGUAUUGUGGAAUAAUGUGUGUAAAUAAUAUUACUUGAACCAAAACUUUUUUGAGCUGACACACAUACAUGGAUUAUUUUGUCAAUGACCAGUACAGUACUGUAUAGCAGAAUUCCUUGGGCUACACUGAAUGCAAAUAAACUAGUUCUGUGGGGCAUUGUGUACAACUAGAAAUGUCUGUGGGACACUUCAGCUGUCUUAUGACAGGCCUCUUCCAAGAAACAACAGCAUGGUUAAGAGGGUGUUUACAUACUGUUCAAAUAUUCCCCCUUUUUAUUUCUUCAGCGACAGAAGAGUGGCUUGCUUGGCCCCUUUGGCCAGCUUCUUGUGUGUUGAUAAUUGAGAUAAAAUAUACAGGAGAAAUGUUAGGGAGAAACAUUUUGCAGAAAGUUAUAAAAAGGGGGAGUUGGCUUGUGUUUGGAUUUUAAAUUACUUACUGUAUGGGUACCAGAGAUUAACUCUGGAUUUGGCCUCCACGAGGAUUCUAUCAACAUGGAAUGUGCAAGAGAAACCCAUUAUCUCAAUGUGAGGCCUCUUUUAUUGAUGUUCUUGUAGUCGUAUUAAAUUACUUAGCUGUCAGUUCAGUUAACCUCUGCAUGAGUCAUAAAAGGCGUUACAUUGAAGUAGUGCUUGUAAUAACAAUACAGAACAUAUCAGCAGCUUAAUAUUGGUGAAGUAGGUAUCAAGUUUUCAAACUGUGCUGUUAAUGCAUGGUGGAGGCUCUUGCUUGUAUUGCUCUUACUUUUUAAAAUUGUCCAGGAGAACAGAUUGUUUCCUUGCUCCAGCACCAGUUCAAGAACUGCUUCUAGGUACUUCUAUAUAGUAAGCUAAUGUAUAUUGGGAUGGAUCAGGAAUGUGGUGCAGCUAGGACCUUCAAAAAGUGAAUAGUAGUCUUUAACUUGGGAAUUGGUAUGAAACAGCCCAAGGCCUUGGUCCUGCUGGGAAUAUUGCUAGAUUAUGUGACUUGGUAAGUGCUAUUGGAUGUUCUCUUUAAAUUACAUGUUUCUAGCACGUCUCCAAUCAAAGUUUUCAAAAGCUACAUUUGGAGAUGCUGUAAUUUGGUGCCUCUGUAUUUUAGUUCUCCUUUUUAUUCCAGAAAUAAUUCAUAAUUAUUUGGUGCCUGUGUAGUAUAUAAGUUGCUGGGACAGAGCAACUGGAGCUCACCACCAUCGUGCUGAUUCGAACCGCCAACUUUACGAUUGGCAAGGCCAAGAGGCCCAGUGGUUUAGACCACAGUGCCACCUGCAUCCCUAUGACUCAGCCCUUGCCAGCCUAGCAGUUCGAAAGCACACCAGUGCAAGUAUAUAAAUAGGUACCACUGCAGCGGGGAGGUAAACGACGUUUCCGUGCGUUCUGGUUUCUGUCACGGUGUCCUGUUGCACCAGAAGCAAUUAAGUCAUGCUGGCCACAUGACCUGGAAAGCUGUCCGUGGACAAACGCCGGCUCCCUCGGCCUGAAGUCGCCUGUGACUGGACUUAGCCGUCCAGGGGUCCUUUACUGUAUCUAGUAUAAAAGUAAGAGUUCCAAAUUGCUAAUAUAGAAAAUAUUCUGGCAAUAUUGUACAUCCAGAAAAGCAGACUGUUUUUUAAGCUGCAGAGCUGUCACAAUAUAUAGAAUCCGUUCUCCAUGUCGACUCAGAAACUAAUAAGCAAUGAAUGUGAACUGCUAGAUGAUGCCAUAUUAAUAGAAUAUAUACUGUAGUUACCAUUUUGAGUUUAUUUUAGUAAAUACUUAAUGCAUUUCAGAUGACAAAAUCCUCAGAUGUGUUUUAAUAACUGGCAUAAAUUAAACUGGUAAAAAUGAAACCUUAGAUCUUUUAAUCCUGUUAAAUCCAAACAUUCACUAGACUUCUAAAAACAUAACUAGCUGAUUACUAUACUUUUGGCUCUUGAGAAAUAUGUUGCCACUCUUGAAAGAAUACAUCACUGGGAAAGCUUGUUUAAGCCUCCUACAUGUUUGGCAGAUACCCGGUGCAAAUAUUACCAGACUGGUUAGAAAAGGGAUAGAUAACUGACCAGUGUGAACUGUGCAGGCUGUAGUCCAGCACUCUAAUGAAUAGCUGCAAUUGUGAAGUCUCCACAGCAGCCGCUGGAUUGUUGAAAACCUGAUUGUAAGGAUUUCUUCAUAGAGUAUCUCUCUCUGUUCUAUGAAAAAGCUUACUUGUAUAGCGUGCUAAUUGUUGCUGAUAAAGUAUUAUAAAUGGUAAAACUGAGCUCUUGAGGCCUCUUUCAUAAUAGAACAAAACCUUGCAUUAGCAUCAACAUUGAUAAGGGUCUCUUUAUGCAUUGCUCUUAUAUGCUUUACUUGAAGGGAGGGGGAAUAAAAGGAUUAUGCAAAUUGAAAACAGUAGGUACUGCUCAUAUCCUGCUGUUACUGAAUUUCAUCCUUUAAAGUUGUGUUCUUGAGCAUGCUCAGAACAGCUACAGGCUUUUCAUAAUUUCAGCCUCUAAAAUAGCAGUUUGCCAUGUUGAAGUGAUUUGUGGAUGUGGACCAGAAACAAAUGCAAGUGGGAAUCCUGCAUAGGCCCGAAGCAUUCCCACAAGAUGCAGUGCUGCUUCAUUCUUCUUUCACAUCUAAAAGUAUAGAUGUAAAAUAGAAACAAAGGUAAUAAAAUCUGUAGUGGGUGACAAAUUCUUAAUUUUACUAUGUAAAUUCAGCUCUAUAGCAGUUAAUGACUGCUUCCUUUAAAAUCACCUUCUGAUCCGUGAGUGCAAUUAUUAUGAAUGCACACUGUGAGCAAUGCAAUCCUUUAAAAGUCUCACUAUUAAAAUGGGUGGUCUGAAAUAUUGGUAUCAGAGGUUCUAGUUCUCAGUUCUGGGGCCUAUGUGGAGGGAGUGAUUGAAGGGAGUGCAAUGGAAUCAAAUAGAAGGGUGCAGAAUGCUUGCAAGCGUUGAAGUAAUCUGGUAUAAAAUAAAAGUUUAAAUUAUUAUAUUCUUAUCUUGUAAUGCCAACUUUCUAGAAGCUUUUCCCCUUUUCUAUUUCACAGACUUUAGUGGGCUAAUUCUGCAUUGAAAUGAAAACUGCAAGCAGCAAAACAAGGGAAGUCUUGUAGUAUUAUGGUUCCUUUGCUAAAGCUGUGUCAGUUUUCUUUUUGGCAGGGAGAAAUAUUAUCUUCAGGUUAUUAGAAUAACAUCAUCUUGUGCAGCUCAGAUGCACACAUUGAGCCUUUUAUUUUAAGAACAUCUAAUAACAUUUAGUACCAGUGCCACAACUAUGUAGCUAUUUUCUCCCAGCCAUCUAUGUCCUAACAAUAACUAGUGUUUCAAUAUCAGACAAUAGUUAAGACUGUUCUCAGUUUUUUUUUGAGCAAGGGAAUAUUGCUGUAUAUUUCAAAUACUUUAUUUGACUUGGCAGACCAAUUUUUCUAUCUAUAUUCAUUUUAAAAAUGGAUCUUGGGUGUCAACAUGCAUACUUUAAAUGAAGCAGGAUCUCUUGAAGCAGCAUUUUAAAAACUAGUUUCAGGGAAAGCUUUUCUGUUAACUGCUGAGAGCCUACUGCAUGUUUGCUAUGAAACCAGAGUACAUUGUAAAAAAAUAAUCUGGGGCAUAUUUUACAGCUCCUAGUUGGUUUUUGUGAGGCGUGAGGCAGGCCUUGUUAUGCCUUGUUGCUGCCCCACUUGGGUUGAGCGUGACCUAGUAAGGAGGCAGCAGUCUGGCAGCUGCACAUUGCAGUGGAAGGUUAGCAAUAUUGAUGGGCCAUUAUAUUAUAGCUAUAUUUCAAAGCUACUGCUGCUCUUGAAGCAUUUUUGAAAAGCUUCCGAGCCAACUCCAGGGUCCCCCCCAAAACAGUUUGAGUAUCAGUGGCUUAGUGCUGACCAACACGAGAGCUGUUGUACUUGUGACUAGGAGUGUUAUUCACACACUAAGGUGUUGUGUAUGCCUUCCGGAGUGGAACAUUUGGAAAACCAGUCUAGUUUAUGAAAGGCAAGCUAGAACACAAAAGUGUUUGCAGAAAAUGCAGAGCCAUAUAAACAGCUGAAGGAGGAAAUGAAACAGUAACAGCAGCAAAAAGAAAUAGGCCUGCUUUCAGACCUUAUUCUGUGUGAUUAGUUAGCAGCAAAAAAGGUCCCCAAGACAUCCAGGUUUGCUGAAUAAAUGCUUUGUGGGUGGGUUUGAGCCUGUAUGCCUUGGCAGGUAGGCAGUUUGUGUGGAUUGCAUUUAUAACCAUUCUGUUGUUGAUGUGAAUAAAUCAAAAUACUGGGGCAGUGUGAAUAAAUCAAAAUACUGGGGCAUGCUUAACAUGGGGCAGGUCCCAUUAGAUGCCAUGGGAUUUUGCUAUACAGGAGGUUAAAGAGCUGUAUAGCAGAAUGGCUUCAACCCUUUAUUAGAACCCUUCCCUCAAAUUGCUGUUGUAUGCUUUUCAUGUGUCUCUUUGAUUUAUGCCAAAGAGCAUCAUCACCAAAUAGAUACAAGUGAGACUUGCAACAAAAGAUUGCAAUGAUUCAUUACUUCACAAUAGGAGUCUGCAGUGUCUGUCUCCGGCAGGCCUUUAAGACAUGUCCUAAGCUUGUGAGGAUAUUGUACUUAGGAGCAAGUCACAAGUAAAGACUAAUUUCACAUUUUCUAGGCCUCCUGUCCCCCUAGUACUAUUAACAAACUAGUAAUUGGUAUUUUACUUUACCCUCUCUAGAUCCUUUGACCUUUUCCUUAAUAGAUGGGUACCACUUAUACAUGUAUGUUCUAGAAUGUUAGUAAAGCCAGUAGCCUGCUGUGUGUCCUGUCUCUUUGGGAGUUGGCAGCAAUUCUACAAUAUUCUGUACUGGCCAAUUCUUGGGGGGCACACUACAUCUGUGGGGUUGUAGGAAAGGCCUGAGGCCAUGCCAUGUGCUCGUAUCAGUCAUGUGUGAAAUCAGUUUUAGAGGAGCCAGUAGUAUUUUAAAAUCUGUGUGACCGGUAGCUGAUUUCAAGGUUUUGGCCUACAUGUCUUUAUGUUUCACUGAUUUCAGAUGAAGCGCUUCUUAAAGUUCCAUCUGUAAGUGUGUUAAGUAUCCACAAAGGAGAGGGCCUUCUUGGUGGUGACACCCUGGCUUUGGGUGGCUUUGGGAUAUAAGACCAACAUUAAUAGCUUUCCAGUGCCAGGUUAAGACUGUUUAUUUUACCAGACUUGUAAUAUUUAUUGCAUUGUUUUAGUAGCUGGUUGAAUGACUAUUAUUUUAUAUUCCACUAGGUUUUAAUUUUUAUUGUUUUUAACAUUGUAUUAAUACUUAUAUUUUGUGUACACCACCUUGAAAUCUAUGUGUAGUUGAAGUUAUGGUUAGACUUUGUCAAAACCAAAUAAUUCUGCAAAUUCAGGUUCCCCCAAGCAUGCUGAUACCCUCCCUAUUAUUUCUCUGUGGCCAAUUCAGCGGGUGCUCACCACCUGAGUUUGCUAUUAAAGGGAGCAAUAUGUGUUCUCUCCCACCCACCCCAUUGGGAAGGGAAAAAAAGGUCAGACCUGAAAAGUCUCCUCCAGACUAACAAAGCAGCUAUUGCAGCAGACAUGUAGAAAAAGGUGAUUGUAUUUCUGUUUGGUUUAGAUAUUAUUUUUACCUAAGCCACCCUGAGGGCUCAUGUCAGGUAACUAGUUCCUUUUUGAAAGCCUCAAGACCAAAUGUUUACUUUUGCCACCCUUCUGCAGGUUUAGCUCCUGCUACCACAAUACAGCCCAAAGAAGGGAGAUCCAGGCCCUGGUUUUCCCAAGUCUUAUAGGUACAGAAAUCUCAUAACUUGAGGCAGCAACCAAUUAGGAUUUCCAUGCCCUCCCCUCAGUUGGAGAGAAAUAAUUAGGACCUCUUCAGGAGUUCUAUUACCAAAUUAUUUAUGACUUCAAAAGUCAAAACCAGGACCUUGGGUUCUGUGCCAUAAACGUUCUUGCCACGUGAACUUAAUGUUCAGGCACAUUAUAGCUUAUUGAGGGACUCUUAUAUUAUUAGGCCUUCUAAACCAGUAGCUCACUGUCCUUCUUAUUCUAUGAAACACAGCUUAGACAACAACAGUAUCAGGCAAUGGAAAGUAUUUUGGCAUGGGAAUUUAAAAAGUAAAAUAGAACAAAAACUGGUGUGUUAGUGAGAUUGAUGAGAGAACACUUAAUUUAGUGUAGUAAUACCAUCUCUACUUGAAGUGUUCUGCUGACUGCUUACGGAAGUGCAACAAGAAGGAAUAUGCAUAGGUUUUUGUUCCUCUGAUAAAUAUUGGGUGUGAAACCAAAAGCACAAAUAGAAUACAAAUAUGAAUAGCCCUUUUCAUUUUAAAUUGAGAAUGCACACUGAAACACCAUUUUAAGUUUCUAUGAAAAAGCAGUGAGAUACAGGUUAUCUGGAUAGAAACUAAACUUAGUUUGUACUCAUACUCGGUUUAGCCAUUUCCCAUGAAUCCCGUGAUUUUUCUGCUGGAAGGUUAAAUGGUCUCUUCCUCUGCUAUUUUGGUGAGUAGUUCCCCAGCAUUUUCAGUAAUCACUGUUAGUAGAAAUAUUUAUGGGGUAAAUCCCCCUCCCCAAAUCAAGAGAUGACAACUAUGAACAUCUGGCUUCUUGAGUUAUGCUUUCAUAAAAACAAUAGAACAGUCAGCCAGCUGGAAAAGAGACUGCUUUUCCUGAUUACAGACACUGGUUGCAGGAAAUGAGACAUGGACAGAGUACUCACUAUCCACCCAUAAUUAGACUGUAGGAUGCUUUGAGCAUUUUUUGAAAGAAUAAAGGCAUAGAAUUCAGAGUGUCAGUGGAAAAACAGAUGGAUAUGAAUGUCUUUGUUCAGAUGUAACACUAAACUAUGGUUUAGCACAGCAGUGUGGAGUUUCUUGCCCAAAGGCCUAGUUUGGCUCGGUAGGAGCCCAGCUUGGGUCCAUGAAGCCUUUCCCCCCAGCUAUGCCAUCAACUGUGGGGCUGUACGGGAACAAUCAGGAAUCUUAAAAUUGUUCUUUGCCAAGUGGGACAUGUAGUCAGUGCCUAUUGAACUAGGUAACAGUUGCAAGCCCUGCUGGGAUCUUUCUUCACUCAGGAGCUCCCAGCCGGACCCAGUCCCUGCCAAAACGGUGCUUGAAGUUAGUGCAGAUUGGGGCUUGAACCCCUUCCUGGGAUCUUCCUUUACAUCAUGGCUUGAACUCAAGGUGCUUGAUGGAAACAUGAGGUUGAUUAACUUGCAUUUUUCAGCUAUGUGCAUAGACAUUCAAUUAGUAUUUAUACAUAAUGAGUACCAACAGAAUUUAAAGAUAAUACUGCUAUUACAGUGUCAGAAAAAACCAUUAGAAAGGCAUAAUUGAAAAUCUGGUUCUGUAUUAUAAUGUUAACCAAGGGUUUUGUGUUGAUGUUGAUUGACUCUGAUUUUCUGUAAGCUUUAAUAGUCACCCAGGAGGUUUGGAACAUAAGGCAUCCAACUUUCAAGUAUGUUAUUUUAUGGAAAAUGCUAUAAUAUUGCCCUCUUCUCCAAACCCAGAUGGCCUAUAUUUGGAAAUAUACAUUAUAGAGUAUAGUGAGCUGCUCAUAUACAGUGGACCCUCUGGAUAUGGAUUUAAUUCAUUCUGGGGGGGUCCGUGCGCAUACCAAAAAAUCCGUAACCAGAGGCGCAGCUUCUGCGCACACACACAGUGCAAUAGAACACUUCCGUGCAUGCGCACAGAGCACUUCUGCGCAUGUGCGAGUGGCGAAACCCAGAAAAAUACUUCCAGGUUUGCCGCUUUCACAAUAUGAAGAUAACAUAUCCAGAGAGGUACGUAACCCGAGGGUCCACUGUACUGCCUUUCUGCCAAGGCACCCCAAAAUGUGUUUUACAAGUUAAAACUCUAGAUCAAAAUAAGGUACGAUAAAAAGAGCAAAACAAUAACCUUAUUAGUAAAACUGUUAAAAAGUCAUUUAAAAAAGUCAAAUAAUAAAUAAAAUCAGCAAUAAGCUAAGCACAGUAAACAUACUACAUAUCUGGGUAGGCAUUGUAUGCGAAAAAGAUGGCAGCCAACAAGUCUCAUGUGUUGUUAAAACUUCCACAGUAGCUAAGGUUUUUUCUUUCCCAAACUUAGCAUAGUAAAAGCAUACUUUUGUCCUGAACGUAAGUUUCCAGGUAUGUUGCUAAUUCAGCUAUCUAAUGAAGGAGUCAAAGAAUUGCUUUCUAUUCUCUCCAACCAGCAGUUCAAUACAUCCACAGCUUACCCCCACGUAUGAUCUAAAAAAUAAUUAUAUGUAGAACAGAUAAUAUUUAAACAGUACCUGGAGUACUUUCCUUGAGUGCUUGGUGAACAUAUUAACCCCACUCCCACUGUUUCUAAUCUCUUCACAACUUGCUCUUCAGUUCAUUAUAGUUCAUUAAUAGAAAAGUGUGAAUGAACACCAGUGGUAUUGCUUACUUUCAUAAUUUGGAUUCAAAGAAACUAGUCAUAUUUAAGGUAGAAUGUCACAUCAACCGGUAGUCUUAUCAAUAUGAUGCCUCAAUUACCAUCUCCACAAAUGGCUAUUUGCUUUAUGCAUGACACUUUGUAGUUCAGCAUGGGCUGAACAUAUCAUAUAAGAAGGCAGCAGCCAGUGUUUUGACUGGCAGAGACUGAUAAUCCUUCUUUGAAUACGAUCUGCAUCACAGGGGAAACUUACAUGUACAAGGGAGAGGUCUUUCCCCAUUGUGGUACCCAAGCUAUGGGAUUCCCUUCCCAGGCAGGUGUAUGCCUGUUUGCUAUCUUUUAGACUCCAAGCAAAAUCCUUUUUUUAUUUACUCAGGCAUUUUGAAAUGUUGAAACAACUAAAUUAAUUUAAAACUUUAAAAAUCUUGACUAUUAUCCAUUGCUUUCUUUGUAUUGUUUUUCUUGUUUUUAAUUUAAAACCCCUUUAAAUCAUAGGUACAAAGUGUUUAUAUUAAAUGUGAUCUAUCCAGAGAGGUAGCGAUAGAUCGAAAGUGCUAGCCACUCAAGGCAUUCAGAGGAAAAUGAAAAGAGAAAAAGCACAGAGGUGGGGAGGAGACGUAUAAAACAAGGAAAUGGUGUGAAAAGAGGAGACUGAAGCAGGUAAGUUGGUCCAAAGAUGGGGAAGGCAAGAAGAAAUGGAAAACAAAGCUGGCUUUAGUCCCAACCGGUUGAACAUUGACAGUAUUGUUUUCUUUUUUUAAAGGAUUGUCAGUAGCAGGUAGCCAGCUGUUCAGGGGCAUACUUGCACUGCUUUCUGGCUUGUAUUCUGAAUAAGUUUUUACUAAAACUGUAUUAGGAACGUGGUAUGCUACACCUGUUUUCUAGAAUAAUUUAAAAAGUAAAUAUGCCAUUGACCAGGCCCUUCCUUUAGCUUAAUUGCUAGUGCAAUAUACCGUAUUUUUUGCACCAUAACACUCACUUUUUUCCUCCUAGAAAGUAAGGGGAAAUGUCUGUGCAUGUUAUAGAGGGAAUGCCUACGGGUGGCAUGCCUACGGAUUUUCCUCCUCUAAAAACUACGUGCGUGUUAUGGUCUGGUGCGUGUUAUAGAGCGAAAAAUACGGUACUUCAGCUGCCUCUUUCAUAUUCUAAAACUGCCAGCCUUGAAGCACUAAAUACUGUAUCUUGUUAAAAAUGCAGGCCUUACAUUUUGAAAAGAUAAUAUUAGGAUCCAGGGUCAAAAUAUUAUUAAAAAUGUAUAACUUACUACUUGAGUGGGAUACAAUGGAGGAAAUGGUUAAAUCUUCAAUGAUAAAUUGGGCCAGGGACGUGGGACACAAUAUUGAUUUUGCACUAUGGGAGCAGCUGGGCAAAGUAAAUAUAAAGUUUACAGCAUGCUAAACACUAAGAGAAACAUUUAUUAAGAAGCUACAUAGGUGGUACUUGAAACCAAAUAGACUAGUAAAAAUGUCAAAAUCAACAAAGGGCAAUUGCUGGAAAUGUAAGACAGUAGAGGGAUCCUUUUACCACAUGUGGACAUGUAAUAUAAUUAAAAACUACUGGGAAAUGAUCCAUAAUGAACUAAAAAAUUUUUUAAAAAUUCCUCUGAAAACCUAGAAGCAUUGACAAAAAAAGAGAGAAACUUGUUCCUCUAUGCAACAACAGCUGCAGCAUAAUAUGUGUUUGCAUAUUUUGAUCAAAGUGAUCCAAAAUGCUACCUGAGCUAUAUUCAAGGUUUGAGCAUGCAGUGGCGUUUCCAACUUAAAAUAUGGAGCAACCUGUAGUUUGGGUUGAAAUUUUUUCCACUUCUAGAAAUGCAUCUGUCCAGAAAAAAAUUCAAUAUCAAAAUGAAUGAACAUUGUGCAUCAUAAAAUUGGACAAAUGACAUAAUACUAAGCAAAUCUUAAAGUCAAAUUUUUUUCAAGUGACUAUCCCUAUGAUUUUUUCACACAGCUUUUCAGUAGUGCUAAAGUUUUCAGUGCUUUUAUAUUUUCUCUUACUCCUAAAUUAAGUUUAGAUUCCAAAAUGAGGUGUAUGCUAUUAAGGCUCCAUUCCUUAAAAUCUGUACAAGUUGUUUUUUAAAAGAAAAAUCAAGUAAACAUUUGUUUGAAUGUGAUGUUUAAACUGCUUUAUCAAUCUUCUCCCUGAAAAAUUUCUAUUCAACUAUUUCUGGAAAAACUCAUUUAUGCUGCACAUAAAAUUUGCAUGGCAUUCUUUUCCUUUUACAAGAUCAAACACGUUGAUCUUUGUGGCAGUAGAAGAAGUUCCCUUUCAGAAUUUUCUGGAGCAACCAAAUAAUUGCAUAAAUGUGUGCCAUAUUGCAAACUGUUUUUGUAAGUUUAUUUGGGCUCCAAAAGCAGUUUACUACAUUUCUUGGAGAGCUCCUGUCCAAAAGCUUAAUGUCAGGAGGGCUUUGGGCUUGUACAGCUGCUUGUACAUUUCUCUGAAUUCCAACCAUUCUGAAAUGCUCUUUAGAGGCAACCCUAAUUUAGUUUCUGUGGUUAAUAUUUUGCUUUUGGAUUACUUUAUUAGGAUAACAGCCCUUCACCUUUCAUACAUAAUAAAAAUAAUCACAUAUGCGUAGCUGAAGAAAAAUUGGCAGUUGUAGCUGGUGUCAAGAAAACAAAAGUUUUAUUUUCUGCUUCUGCUGUUAGUUGGCAGGAAUUUUGGAAUGAAUCUGAAUGUGGAUAGUGGACUAGCUGAAUUAUUAGUAACUCAUGAAAACGAUUGUCAAUUUUGUAGACUAAGAAUCAAAAGUUCAGUAACUGAAAAUUAAUGUUGAGUAAUUCUUGAUAUACAUUUAGACAUUUCUGCUCACUUUUGUGCUAACUGAACAUUGUACACUCUCUCUUAUCCCCAACUCUACAUACCAUCCCUUCUGCACCCAAGCUUCAUAAAAUAUUGGGGGAAGUGGUUAACAACUAUUUUGUUACAAGCUAGUUCUACCUGAGAAAAUGUCAGUCUUGUUACAGACGUGACACGAGAGAUUAUUUUUGGUUUAUUUCAGGAGCUAUAGGUUUGCUUUCUAUAUUUGGAUUUGCCUUGUAGCAUGAUUACAUUGAAGCUUUAACCAUGUGUAUGUGUGAAUUUCGUAGUUGACUCUCUCCCAAGCUAUUGCUAAGUUGUUGCAUUAGUGGAAGCAAGCACAUCAAGCCCUGCUAGCAUAAGCUCCCCAAGAUCUGCUUUUUUGGGGAGGGGGGUCUGAAGAAUCCCCCCAAACAGCAUUCAGGGGGAGGAGAGGGGAUAUUGUGCCACCUGGCAAGCUGAUAUAACAGUCACCUUUGUAUGAUAUUUAAUCCCACUUCUAAUGUUCAAUUUUGAGACAACAACUGCAUUUUUAUAUAUACCAUGCAUUAGAGUUAUGAAAAUAAGUCUCAGUGGACUUGCAUGCACCCUUCCCUCUCCUCUCUCAAUAUGGCUGCAAGAAAAGGAGCUCAGUACUAUCAUUUUAGUUUAAUUACAGUAUGCUGUGCCACCCAAUGCCUAAACUGUGGUUGAUAUUAACUGUGGCUAGUGGAAACAAGAUAGCUUCAUAAAAUCUGGUGUGAAAUUGACUCGCUUCCUCUAACCAUAGUUACAGUGAGCAUCUGUUUGUGUUGACACUGUAGUUAAUUUUAAACAGAAGCAAGUGCUUUUGAACUUUCACAGUCACUUGUUCUCAUAAUGCUAUUACAGUUGCCUCCCCACUUAUGCAGAGGUUAUGUUCGUGAGUGCCACUUGUAUAGGUGAAACCACGUACAGUGGGAAACACAAAAUAAAAAAGCCAGACUCUGCCACAAAUCUGCAAAAUUCCACCAUACUUGCUCCCUCCAAACCUCCUUUCUCAAACUCCAACUCUCCACAGGCCUCAAAGGUUGGUGCAAAGGAUCCUGGGAUUGCUGGCCAUCUUCCCACUUUUGGGGGCCAUUUUUGCCCUUUUAAUGCCUUUUUGCAGUUUAAAUCAGUUUAUUUAAUUAUUUCCUGGCGCUGCUCAAAUAUGCAGUCACACUUAAGUUGAAUGUGUGUUAAGUGGGUGUAGCCGUUCCCCUUCAUGGGGAGACGUUUGUAUAUGACUUUGUCUGAAACAGCCCACUGAAAAUUGGGAUAUGGUGAAAAGGUUACCUUGUUGAAUUCAGGUGUAUCAAAAGUUGUGAGUAUUUUGUAGGCUUUAUGUCAAGAUUAGAGAGGUUCUUUAUGGAACACUGAAGCUCAGAUGAAGAAUUUCUUGGCUUGACUCUUUUAGAAAGAUGGUUACACAGUAUACCUGACUUCUAGGGUCUCCUUUCUCUUGCUAUUUUGUGAAAUGACUUGUGAAAUGUCCAAGUGUGUCUUGCCGUUUAAGACUAUAAAUAUUCUUGGUCAAAAAUAUUUGACCAAUGUGACAGACUUGUUUGUUUCCAAAUGAGCAAAUAUGAAUCCUUCAGUUUAUGGUUUCGUAUUUCACUGCUUGAAUUUCCAUUGUGUAUGUCAUCUUAACCUUAUAAAUUAAAAGUUGUAAAAAGACAUGCUUAUAAGAAAACAUAUUAGGAGGAGAACCUGCUGUUUGUGAGCUAGAGUAUGUUAUAUGUGAAAGCUAGAAGGGAGUCACCAUGUAUGGAGGUUGUAUCUUCUUAAACAUUAGAUGCUAGGUAAAAACAGGAAAUGCUAUCACUGUGUCCUGCUUGUGAGUGCCCACAGGCACCUAGCUAGCCACAUUUGGAAAUGGGCUUGCUGGCUGAUCCAGCAAGGCAGUUCUUUUCCUAUCUAUGGAACUUAUAUUUUUACACACUUUCUGCUACAUGUGUUAGUGAACUCUCUAUUUUGUACUACUCUAUACUCUACAAGCUGUUGCAGAUCUUUGUGUGGGGAGCUCUACAUGUUGAAACCUAAAAACUUAAUAUUUUCCUUCAAGCAAAUUGUUAUCUGUUCUCAAUCUUGUUUCAUUUCCUGGCUUUCAUAGGAAUCCUUCAGCUACUUUCUACCAAGUGUUCCAUUCGAACAAGUUACGGGAAUCAAAGAACCUCUGGGAUAGGUAUGAAUACUUAAGUAUGGAAAAAAAGCAUACAUGCUGAAGUAUGCAUGAAUGGCUUUGCACUGUGCAGGUUUCUCGUCAUCAAGUAGUAUGUUCACUUCAACAUACCUAUUCUGCCUACGUCCUUCACUUAGCUGCUGUGACUUGACUAGAGCAGCCACAGUUUUCAAAAAUGUCAGUCAAAUGGUUAUUCGCUUCUGGGCCAUGUGGAUUCUGGCCCUGUUCCAUGCAUCACGUUCUUCUUCUUCUGUAGUUGGCAGAAUAGUAGUAAUUUGUUUGUUAAAUUUGUAUGCUACCCAGUAAAAAGAAUGGCAUACAAUAAAUAAGUAUAAAAAUUAUUUAACUGCAAGAUAAAACGUAAAAGCAAAAGUAGCUUAAAACACAAUUUGAAAAUAAAACUUGCUGCAACCCCAAAGUUAAAAUGCAGAUUUAAAAUUUGAAAGGACCAGUAUGAAUAGAAGACCAGGAUGAAUAGAAAAGUCUUUACCCAGCACCAAAAAGCCUAAGAAAUGUUGUUGAUCAGCAGCACCAACCUGGCUUUUGAAGACUAUCAAUGGAAAGUAUUUUUGGAAACUGGUCACUUAAAUUGCAGAAUGAAAACGCAGCAUAUGUGGGGAAUACUUUGAUAGAAAACCAUUACAAUUGUGCAGCUAUAAAUUGGAAUAUAGAUAGGGAAAACCUUUGUAAGGAUUUGGGCAAAGCUAGACAUGUGGCGAGAAACUGCAACAAAUUCCAACUUGGAGGACAUCACUUGUAAAAGUUGCAUUACUAAUUCAACAUCUGCAGUUUGGCGUUCUCACAAUAUUAAUAUUAUAGAUAGAAAGCUUGGUGGCUUUUCUGGCUUACAGCAAGUUUUCUACUGCUAUAGCUUUCUAUAGUGUGUUCAGACAUUUGUAUUUGAACAUGAAGCACCAUCAUUUGUUUGCAUUUGCCUUACUGAAGCAAAGAAAACAUAAUGGCUUCUCUAAAGCUUGCUUUUUCACAUGCUUGCUCACUUCAGAAGGAACGCAUUCUAGUUUGAAGAAUUACAGGAUUUAAAAUCACAAUAGUAGUCUGAAAUGCUGUCAUCAUCUGAAUUAAGAAUAGAAGAUCUCUUAACAUUUAAGGGUUUAAGUGCUGCAUCUAAACAUGUCACUUAAAGAGGGGAUUCAGGAACAGCAAGAGUUCAUUUCUGUAUAUCUUUUCUAACUCUAUAACAUAUCUAGAGUUAUGGAGUUUGGUUCGGUGGGGCGGGGGUGUUUGGACAGGGGAACCCGCAAUGUGUAGUGUGUUGUUGUUGGGGGAUUGAAAUUAAGAUUAGUGAAAAUAGCCUUUUCUAGCAGGAGCCUCUGCUGAAAUUCCACAAAUAGAAAGAGCCUCUCUGUUUGUAAAAGAGCAGCUUUGAAUUCAGCCUGUAGACUUUUGGUUAAGUUUACCAGUUUAACUAGAAAAUGUUUGGUAUUUCAGUAGUAUUGGAGUUUCAAAUAUAUGAAUAUUUUAUGUUAAGGAAUAUUUAAAAAAACACCCUGCAUUUAAUUCAAUGUAGCCAUGAUCCCAACAUUUCCAACGUUUAGGUGUGAGUGAUGCUGCUUAUUUAUCCAAAAUGGCACCACCCAUGCCUACCCAAGAGAGAGAAAGAGAGAGAUCAGCAGGCUCAGGAAAACACAAGGUUUGCAGAAGUACAGAAAAAAUCUGGUGAGGAAAAAAAAUAAAGUGAGAGGGUCCUCAAAACAGGCUAGUAAGGACUGACCCCUCCUUAGUGCUGAUGGGACAGGGAAUGCAAUGGUAUAUCCUGCAGGAGGGAAGGACUGGCCUAACUGGAAAAGUAAAUCUGUGACACUUUUGCAGUAUUAUUUUCAAUACCUUUAGAUACCUGUUGACCAACAUUUAUAAGGAACUCUGGAGAGGGCUUUGCCUUGGAAGCAGAGUUUAGGUAUUUUCAUAACAAAGCUAUUUGUAGAUUCAAGUACACUUUUAUGAGUUUCUGCACAUUAUUGGCAAUCAAGAGCAUGUUCUACAGUUAUAAAGAAAAACAGGUUGCAUCCUAUGUUCAUUUCUAGUCAUUCAGUAACUUUUGCAGUGUAGGUAGAUUCCAACCUUGUAUCUUUUGCACAAAGAUGUUAUCAUGUAUGAAAGUUGCCCCAUUGGCCAAAUCUGUUCUUAGAGCAGUAUUGAGCAGAGCUCGGGAACAUGAAAACAGGAUGAUGUGUUUUGAUUGUUCACUUUACUGCCUUGCAUGACUUGGAAAGCAAUAACUGAAUGCAUGGCAGAACUGAGUGGUGUAUAAGCCUCAUAAUACUGAAACUGAAUGACUGCAAUCUGCCAAGGUUCUCAGUUGAUCUCUUAUUUUGUUUCAGUCAUCCAAGUUGAUCUCUUCUGGAAUAAAUGGAUAACUUUUCUACAUAAGUUUGAAUGUUAAGAGUGACCUAUACAUUUGGGAUAUAUUCAAACAAGCUUCUAUUUCACAAUAACAGCAGGGGACUAUUCAUAUAACAAAAAGCUUCUUACCUUGUAACUUCAACUGAAAAGAGGUCACUAGCAGUAGUUCGUAAAUUAAAACAGGCUACUGCUAGACAAUGCACUCUGUUAAAUCACUAAUGAAGGCAAGUUGCCACUGGAGGCAGGACCUGCAACACAAUAUUCUACAAUACAAUUUGUUCCCAGUUUGAGGCAAGCUAAUUCUUAAUUCAUCUGUGGUGGGCUAAAUGGGAGUUGCCCUAAAAACUUUCAGCUUGCCUUGAGGAGCUGUUUGGUUACAAGGUUGUUUCGCUCCAGAUUGGCCCCCUGGACAAUAAGAGAUGCCUGCAGGAAAACAGUUUCAUCACAUGCAAAAAUUCCCUGAAUUUUAGGGGGAAGGGUAUGAUGUUUGCUUUUCCACGCUUUAACAGUUCCUUUGCUGCUUGCCAGAAGUUUUGUAGCUGAAACAUUAUCACUACUUUCCUGAAGCUGUGGUGGUGUGCAGGGGCUAGAGUUGUCCAAUUCUUACAACUAUUCUGACAUUAUAGCAUGAUAGUAUUCUAGAAUCUCCCAAUUUCCACUAUUUUUAUGGAUGUCGAAAGCCACACAGCAUAGGGAACAGUAGAAACAGGCCAUCUUUGGUUUGGUAGAUUAGGUGGUAACUUUCGCAAUCUGGUCUCUGCCUAAUCGCAGACCUCUAUAAUAGAACUUUUUCUUUUAGCCUUCCUUUUGAAAAGAGAUUUACUGCGGUUGUAUUGAUGGUUUCCAUGAGGGUGUCAUUUGAAACUGCUGCUAGAGCUAUUUUUCAGGUCUUACAGGUCAGUGGAGUAGUACUGAACUUCUUUAAACAUGCAAAGUACAUUUUCAGUAAAAAUGAUUGUGCUGCAGUGCAAAGCUUGACGUGUUUAUACUUUUAGAUGGUCGGAGUCACAAAGCAAACUGCCUUGCAGCUACACUUACUCAAUGGAUAAGGUCUAUUCUCUUGUGUCUGGCAAUUUUCUGGGGAGUGUUUUGAAACCCACAAAAUUACGAAUAGUUAUUUGCAAGAGACUGAAACACCAUGUAGCAGAAUGAGCAUUUUUGAAGAAACCCGUGUUUUCUUUAGACUUUUUAUAUCAAUAUUUGCAAGAAUACCUGCGAUAGCUACAUAGUUCAAAUCUUUUUAAAAUUGAAGAUGAUGACUACCGAGGCGUCCUUUGGGAAGCCUCCAUGUUUUCUCCGGCUCGCCACUUGAACGCUUGUUGCUAGGUGCAUUAGUCUCAGGAGGCUUCCCCGUCUUAAAUAACUCAAAAUAGAUCGGGGAGGGGCAUAGAGUAGGUGAUUUGAAAACCGACUUCUUGAACAUUAUUUUUUUCAAGUUGUAUUAAAACCAAGUUUUUAAUUUGGUUACUGGCACUAAAAAUCAUGGAGGCUACUAGUGCAAUGGGGCAGCAGCUUUGGGCCAUUGACAGCCCUAUAUAGAGGCCCAAAAUAAGUUUAACUAAUUAAUAAAUUGAAAAUUAAUCACCACAUUGAUAUUAGUUAGAUUUUAUUAAUAAUCUGUCAGAAUCUUUGCCAAACUGCUUUUACAAAUGUAGUUUGGAAGACCAACUUAAAAUAGUUUGGAAGACCAACUUAAAGCAGCUCUCUGAAGACAGCUUUCUGAUUUUAGUUUGUCCCCAUAUUAAAUAAGGACGUUGCUGCCAUUCUUAGCUCCUGCAGGAACUUUCAACUACAAAAAGAAUGCAGCAAAUGGUGCUACUGAAGCUUCUGGAAUAGUCCGCAGUUACAAAAGGUACAGACUGAAGUCUUACAGGUACUGCGUUGUUGUACCUGUACCUGAUGUAGGGAUUUCUUAAACCAAAAUUGUUUUUGGUUUAAGAAAUCCCUACAUCAAUUACAAGCCUUGCAUUUGAGAUACUACAUGUAACUGAAAUGCAUUUGGGCUCAAUAGUAUUGUUUUGUAUGAAAAAUUACCAGUACACUUGCAUUCAGUUAUCGAAUUUCAAUCUAUUUUGUUUCAUGUGCAACUCUUUUGUUAACACAUUCUUAAUUAAAUCAAACAUUGAGAAGACAGUUGACUUAAAUUGUCAGCACACUGCAUACUUGCAUGUUGAAAACUCAGUUUUGUGAGUUGCCUAAGAUACCUGUCACUAAAGUAGCUUACUCUAGUGACUGUGGAGUGUCUUAUUAGGCAAUUAGUAUGGAAUUUAGUACACUUUUCCCAAAGUGAUAUUUUUGAUACUUAAUGCAUUUUUAUGCCACCCCUUUAACAAAGUGAUUUACAUGCAGUAGGGAAAACAUUACUAUUAUAAACUGCAGUUAAAGCAUUUUCAGUGGUGAAUGAUUCAUAUCAUCAUUUUUGCACUCUACUCUUGUCUAGUGAGGGACACUAUCUUCCCAGAAAUUGGAGUGCAUUGGUGUGGGCACUCAGGUCUAAGAGAAGUGUUUCUGGUAGCUGAUCAAAGCGGAAGGUGGCUAAUCUUUACUAGGCCAGCAUAAAGCAAAGUCCUCAUACUUCCUACAGAUAACGUCACAAAUGUUAAAACAAAUGUGUGCAUUUUGGUACGUGUGUGCAGAGUAAGCUGACUAGGUAUUGGAGGGGAACGGCAGCUGCUUGGGGUCAAGGAGGAGCACAACUGGAGCCCUCUUAAUCUCCCCCAGAGCCUGGGGUGAAAGGCAAAGCCUGUUCUCGCUCCGUUUUCUGCAUCCAGGUACAACUGGCUUGGUAUUCUUAACUUCCAGCAGCUGCUGCAGCAGAAAACUGGUGGGCAGCAAAUGGCUUCCUUCCCCCAGAGCUCAUGGACAAGGCUCUGUUUUCUGCACUGAAAAAUACGUUAUGCACUUAGGCAUAAGAAAAGCAUUAUUCCUCUGAAUUUGCAUAAUUCUGAGAUUUUUGCUGUUUUGCGUAAUGUAUUCCACCUUUACCAGUCACGGUGGAGAAAUAAUGCUGCAGUCCUGCUCCUACCGCUGUUUUUUUUUUAAGGCAUUUUUUCUUAUUUAUUCAAUUUAAAAAUAAAGAUAAUACAAUAAAUUGCUUAAAAAUGAAACACACAAAAUAUACAAUUUGGGGCUUCUGCCUUCACAAUCCCUGGGAACAAUGAGCAUUGUUUAUUGGAGGGUAAUAACAUGUCCACCUUUUUGUUGAUAAAAAUCAGGAUAUUGUCCUCUGCAUCUUAUGAUAUUUUCACAUGAAGCUGAAAAGUUACUAAGUAUUCCAAAUAGUAGCAUAUUUCACAGGGGGCAUUUGAAAAUCGUUUUCAUCAUUUAUAUAUAAAAUAAACUUUUGCGAGGUAGUUAAAAAUGAAUCUUUUUGUUUUGUUUUGUUUUGUUUUGUUUUGUUUUGUUUUGUUUUGUUUAUCCCCCAGUAUACCUUAAUUUGCCAGCAAUAGUUAUAGACCAGAUUUGACUGUAACCACAAAUCCUUAUUUAACCCUUCUAAAUAUUUCCAUUGUCUUAAAACAGCUAUCCUCACAGCUAACAAAAAAUAUAAUUUCAAUUCUUUAUCAGAUUCUUUAUCAAAAUCAUCUUCAUCUGGCAUAUUCUAUAUCCCCAAUAAUGCCAGUGAGGGAGUUGGUGUCAUUUCUUAUUUUGUUGUCAAAUUGAUUUCUAAGAAUACCAGCUUCUCCAAAGCUGCCACUGAAUGACACUCCCACCAUAAGUGGAAAUAGUCAGUGCUCUGAUUUGUAGGAUUUCAGGAGACAGUAGACACACACACUUUCAAGAAUAUAUUCACUCGGUAAAGCUAAAUACUUGCUUUGGAAAGCUGUGGGAGGAGAGAGCUGAAUUCAGUUCCUGCUAUCACUUUCUGCAGAAUUAUGACGCAUGCAGCCCUCCUCGUGACCUUCCUGUCACAUCAACUCUAACACAUUAGAGCAGCAUAGUAGUAUAAAGGUACAAAUGAUGAUAAAUAAUAUUUGAAAAACAGGUUCAUGGUGCUAUAAAAUUGGUACCAGUCCUGAGUAUAAUUUUUGAGCUUUACGGUUGGCGCUGUGGGUUAAACCACAGAGCCUAGGACUUGCCGAUCAGAAGGUCAGCGGUUCGAAUCCCUGCGACGGGGUGAGCUCCCGUUGCUCGGUCCCUGCUCCUGCCAACCUAGCAGUUCAAAAGCACGUCAAAGUGCAAGUAGAUUAAUAGGUACCGCUCCGGCGGGAAGGUAAACGGUGUUUCCGUGUGCUGCUCUGGUUCGCCAGAAGCGGCUUAGUCAUGCUGGCCACAUGACCCAGAAGCUGUACACCGGCUCCCUCGGCCAAUAAAGCGAGAUGAGCGCCGCAACCCCAGAGUCGGUCACGACUGGACCUAAUGGUCUGGGGCCCCUUUACCUUUAUCUGAUCCUAUAUCUUAUGGAAUGGUGGAAUAGGGUACAACUUCAGCAUCACAAGUUUAUAGUGGAGUACAAAUCAAAGCUAAAUAAUUCACUUUUAACUUACUUGUUAUUUAGGUUCAGAUUUUCCUCGCAAGAGCUGGAUAUAUAAAUGAAAUACAUUUGUCCAAUUUAGUAUUGCUUUGUCUUCUACGAAAAUGACUUCCGUAUAGGGCACUCCAUUCCAUUCCUCAACCAAACAAUUUUCCCGUUCCCCCUGCCAGCAGGUAGCCACAAUAUGUGACCAUUGAGCAUUGGUCUGUUUUGGAUCCAUUGCUUGAGAUCCCCCCCCCCUUUGUAUUUCCUCCCUUUUUUGUAUUUCUGCAAAUAUUCGGGUUCUACUGAAGUUGCUGGUGCCUAUAUCUUGUACAUAGAUGGUUUUAUGUCAGCUGGUCUAUAUGCUUGUUGACACUCUCAAAGAACAAAGUUUAGUGAGGCAAGGCUUAUCCUUGCAGAAGCCUUGCUUGUGCUGCUUCAGCAAGGUUUGUUGUUCUACAUGCCUGGUUAUUUUAUCUUUAACAAAACUUUCCACCUGUUUUCCUUGGACAGUUGUUAAGCUAACUAGCCUGUAAUUUCCAGGAUCCUCCCAGGUCUCUCUUUAAAAAAUAGGUGUUAACAUUGGGCACUUUGCAGUCCUCAAAUACAGGGACUGUUCUAAGUGACAAGUUAAAUGUGUUUAGUUUUUGUUUUGUUUUGUUUUUAAUCUCCAGUUUCACAUUUGAGUACUUUGAAAACUCUUGGUGACUGCCAUUUGGACCCUGUAAUUUGUCUUUUUAUUCUGUCUAUUAGAUCUAUCUAGAACUUCAUUUCUCAUUACCACUGUUUGCCUCAGUUUCUCACAUUCCCUUCCUAGUCAAGUUAGUUCAGGCAGGAAGAUCUAAAUAAUUCAUUUAGUUUCUCUGAAAUCUGCUCCUGCUUUACCACACCUCUGAGCCCCUUGUCAUUCAGGGUUCAACCACCACUGCUACUAAUGUUGUCUUUUAAUGUUGAUGGUUUUUAUGUUAUUAGCAACGUACCCCUCAAAUUCUUUUCUAAAGCAUCCCUUCUUGUCAGCUUGCAUUUCUUGUGCCAAAGUUUGCAUUCCUCUUUUGUUCUUUUUUGAAGGAAAUUACUGUUUCUAAUUGCAUUAUUGACUCUGCUAAUUAACCAUGCUGGCAUCUUCUUCAUCCCUGUGGUACCUUUCCUGAUCUCCAUUAGGGCUGGGCGAUAACUGGUUUUCAAUAUCGCAAUAUAUCGCCAGCUAAACAUCAUGAUAUAUCAGUAUAUCACGAUAUCUGAAAUAACGAAGGAACUACGCAGAGGCAAACAGGACAAUGUCCUGGCAACUGCUACUACUUAGGGGUCUAAAAUGGAUAAAUGACAAUAUUAUCAAUUACCGCACACUAAGUUUCAUCAGCAGGCAAGUCAAAAUGCAGCCCAUCAGGACUUUUGAUUUUGGGCUUGGCUACCCAAUGGUGGUAUUCAGGACAAUCCAAAGUACGGUGAUGAGUCAUAGUGAAUACAAAUAAUCUAGGACUGCCAGUUGCCCACAGGCCUGCUAGUAGGCAGAAGUGGCAGCAGGGGCACAAUAAUCAGCAGCCUGCAGCAGAAGCAUUGCCACGGCAGUGGGCGGCUGUGGCAGAAGCGGCAACAGCCUACGAGGCCUUGUGGUGGCGGCAGUAGUGGUGGCGUAUGAGGGCUUGUAGUGGUGGCAGGAGACAGUGGCAGAAGCAGAAGUGGCCUGCAAGGCCUCGCUGGAGCAGGCUGCCACAGCUUCAACCACCGCCUCCCACUACCGCAAGGAGGACUUGCAGGCCACAGCCACUUCUUGCCAUCACUGCGAGGUCUCGCAAGUCCCAUUGCUUGUGUCGCCACAAGGCCUCACAGGUUGCCACUACUAUUGCCAUCUCCCGUCGCUAGUGCAAGGCCUCACAGGAUGCUGCUACUGCUGCCAUCACCUCCUGUCAGUGAUGCGGCUCCCCGCAGGCCACCACUGCUGCUGCUGCCAAAUCCUGGCACCUCUGCGAGGCAUCUCAGGCCAGUGCUGUUACUGUUGCCACUUCCCAUCGCCACUGUGAGGCCUCGCAGUCCACUGCUACUCCCUGUCACUGCCUUGAGGCCUUGCAGGCCGCCACUUCUACUACCUCCACCUGCCGUCAUUGCAUGUCUCGCAGGCCGCUGCUGCUAUUGCCGCAGGCUGCCACCGCCACUCCCUGUCAUCACUCGCAGACCACCACUGUUUGUGCCACUGCUACUGCUGCUUCCUCCAGUUGCCACCACAAGGAUGUGCAGGCCGCCACUGAUUGUGCCACCACCACCAGGCUGUCGCCGCUACUGCUGACACGUAUCGUGGUCAUGUUUCGGCCACUGCUGCUUCUGCCUCCUAGCAGGCCAUUUUGACUUGCCUGCUGAUGAAACUGAGUGUGUGGUGACUGAUAAUAUUGUCAUUUAUCCAUUUUAGACCCCUAAGUAGUAGCAGUUGCCAGGAUGUUGUCCUGUUUGCGUAUGUAUAAUUCCAUCCUUAUUUUAGUCAUUGUGGUAGAUUGCAAUGUUUCGCUGGUAAUAUUGUGAUGUUUAGUUGGUGAUGUGAGGUUUAGCUGCUGAUAACAUUUGCAACGUUUAGCUGGUGAGUUACCACGAUGUUGAAACCCAGAUAUCGCUUAGCCCUUACACACAUUGUGAUUUGUGAUAUAUUGCCAGCUCAAAUAUUAUGAAACAGUUAUCACGAUGUGUACUUCAAACCGGUGUUGGACGAUAUAUCGAUAUAUCGCCCAGCCCUAAUCUCCAUAUGCGCUCCAGUUGAACUUCUAAUGCUGUGUUUCUAAAUGACUCCCAAGCAAUUUGGAAAGAUUCAAUCUUCUUGACUUUGCCUUCCUUUUUACCAAACACUUAUUUUGGGGAAGUUUCUUUUUUUGAAAUGUGACCAUGGCGGAUUUGGGGGACAAUUAGCUGUUUACAUGUGUAUUUAAUUUAAUAGCAAUAUGGUCACUUAUUCCCAGCUGAUUCAGUAACGUUUAUAUCUCAUACCAGGUUCUGGGCACCACCUAAGUCAAGGGUCACCAUCCUUCUGGUCAGUUCCUUGACCAACUGUUCUAAGGCACAAUCAUUUGGGAUAUCUAGAUAUAAAUACUUGUUUAUUUAGGUUGUUAUUAUUAUUUAUUAUGAAUUUAUUACCUCUGGUCUCAGGUUGCUUUAUACUUGUUUCUAAACUGGACUCUCCUUCCUUGGAGGUUUCUAAGCAGAGGUUGGAUGGCCACCUGUCAUUGAUGCUUUAGCUAAUUUUCCUGCAUUGCACAGGGUUGGACUAGACGACCCUUUCAAAUCUACAAUUCUAUGAUUCUAUGAUCAUAAUGUUCAUAUGUUUAAGUCUCUUUGAGUUUCAUUUAAAAAUAAUAGAAUAGAAAUUUUAUGCUUAUGCCUUUUUUUGUAACUGGAACAUGUGUAGUCAGUCUGUCUGAGGAUAGUUGAAGUUGGCCAUUAGUACAACAAUUCCUCUUUUGGGUGCUUCCUUGAUUUCAUUCUUCAUUGCAAUAUCUUCAUGAACAUUUUGAUCAGGGAGCUGUUAGCAUGCCCGCAGAAUUAUAUUACUCUUGGUAUCACCACGUAUAGCAAUUAUGUGGAGGGGUCUGCCCUUUUGAGAGUUCUUUUUCUUGAACUCAGUGCCCUCUUCAACAUGAAGAGCAACACCAUCUCCGCUGAGUCCCCUUCUGUCCUUCCUAUAGGGUCCAUAUCCAGUGAUAACAGGGUCCCACUGGUUAUCCAUUGCACCAGCUGUAUUAACACUGUCCUCUAAGACCAGGCAUUCCAGUUUGCCCACCUAGGCUCAGAGGCUUCCAGCACUAGUGUGUAAACGCUUACAGUUUCCCUUGUCAAGGGUGUGCGGGACUCUGGAAAAAUAAAACUCAUUUUCAGUAUUAAAGCUCCCAUUUCUUACAGUACCUAAUAAGUGUGCCAACUAUUUUUAAAUAAAAAAACAAACAAAAAACAAGAAUGUAAGGGCCAUAGAAGAUCUGAGGAAUGUUCUCUUGAUACGCAAGGUGUAUGAAGACUAUUUGAAAAUGUAAACAUGCAAAAUAUUAAAAGGCUCCUUUUUUAAUAGGGUAUGAAACCUCUCAAACAUAAAAGCCAAUUUCCUUUCUUGUCUGCUUUUGAAGUAAAAACUUAGUUUUGCUUCCAAAUUCAAAUCAGCUCCCUAAAUCAGCCUCCUAAAUAUAGAAGUCCAUAUUUGAACAUGGAUAUUUAAACAGUAUGCUCUUCAGCAAUAUUUGAGUGUUUAUAUUACUGAAAAGUUUAUUUUAGACAUGUUCAGAAUAAUUGUACCAACUCAAAGGGAAGGAUAUAGUUAUUGGUUCUUCAAGAAUCACAUCUUUUGUGAUGAAAACAUAGGACUUUUAAGUAAAACUAUUCCAUCCACUGAAAUGGGUCAUUUGUUUCCUAUAUGCGCUUUGCAUAUCUGUGAACACUGCUCCAUGACAAUAACAACAACAACAACAACAACUUAUUAUUUAUAAUCUGGCUGGGCUUCCCCAGCCACUCUGGGCGGCUUCCAAAAAAAAUAUUAAAAUACUGUACUACAUCAAACAUUAAAAGCCUCCCUAAACAGGGCCACCUUCAGAUGUCUUCUAAAAGUCUGGUAGUUGUUGUUCUCUUUGACAUCUGGUGGGAGGGUGUUCCAGAGGGCAGGUGCCACUACCGAGAAGGCCCUCUGCCUGGUUCCCUGUAACUUGGCUUCUCGCAGUGAGGGAACCGCCAGAAGGCCCUCGGUGCUGGACCUCAGUGUCCGGGUAGAACGAUGGGGGUGGAGACGCUCCUUCAGAUAUGCUCAAUACAGAACUGAUUUUUGUUUUGUCUUUCAACAUGAGUAAAAAUUGCACAGUAAUUCUAAAAUCAUACAGGUGAUCUUUUAAAUUGGCUCAUUUUUGAAUAUCCAAGGAAGACUAAUUUCAGUGUUUCUCUCAUUUAUUCGUAUAAACAUUUAAAUGUUUCAGGGAAACAUUACAUAGAAAAGGUGAAAUUAAUUUCUGCUGUACACUUAUUUUUCACUUUUGAGGUAAGUUGGAACAAGGAAACCAGCUAUUCAUAUACUGUAAUUGUGUUUCACCUUGAAAGGUUGGCCAGGAUCAAAGAACCACACAACUAGUUAUUUGUGUUUCAGACUUGCGUGUCUUGUACGCUGUUCUGUCCCAGUGCAGAAGGCAGACUACUUUUGAAAUAGUUGGGAAUGUUAAGAGCAGCUUUUUGAGAUGGCACUCUUAUUGGAAAUGUGCAUUUCUUUGGUUUGCUAUCUAGUUAAGCUCUCAAAUAGUACAAAAUGGCUGGUAUUGGUUCCUACAUUCACUGAAAACCAUUUACUGCUAGCUAACGCUGGCAUUUCUAGUUGGAAUAACCACUUUUAAUAGGCUUCGCUUAAUCUUUAAGAAUGGCCAAACUGGGGAAAAAACUAUUUUCAAAUGAUAGAGCUUGAUUGGAGUGCUGUGACUGGAAGACAGAUACGUUUAGAAUAGUUCUUAUGCUGCUUCUUGUAAGGGCUAGUCCAAAGGGUAGAGGCUUUGAGCAUAGUCAAACUUUUCUCAAACAGUAUUCUAGCAUAAGGAGUGAAACAGCCCUGCAGGACUAGCAGGUGUGUCUCCACGUAGAAGUGCAUUUUUUAGAAUAGGCCAUAGAACACACAUAAACCUUUAAAACUUAUAGAGUCCUUGCUUCUUUUCUCAGAGUUGGACUCUAGUUAUCCCUGUUUAAUUACUUCCUUUUAAACAUUUUAUGAAGGUUGUUUAGUAAUACUUUGUGAGUAGCAACCUGUCUUGUCUUGUUGCUCCCCCCCCCCUUUUAUUUGAAAUACAUUAAGUUACAUUAAUAAAAUGGUCAAGAAACUGGCGUUAGAAGUUGUGUGGUACAAUACAAAUCAAUAUACAGUGGUGCCUCGCAAGACGAAAUUAAUCCGUUCCGCGAGUCUCUUCGUCUUGUGGUUUUUUCGUCUUGCGAAGCACGGCUAUUAACGGCUUAGCGGCUUUAAGAAAAAGGAAACAAACUCGCAAGAACUCGCAAGACGUUUUGUCUUGCGAAGCAAGCCCAUAGGGAAAUUCGUCUUGCGGAACGACUCAAAAAACGCAAAACCCUUUCGUCUAGCGAGUUUUUCGUCUUGCGGGGCACCACUGUAUUAAGUAGUCAUUACUUAAAUGGAGUAAACUUUCUCUUCUUGCAAUACACAAAAUGAGUAUUUCUACAUAACAUAUUAAAUAUGUUCUGAACUAAGCAAUACUGCACGUUUGAGGUUGACCUCUGGUGCUGCAGUGGCAUCAUUUGAAAGGAGAAACAAGUUCUCAGUGUUGGGGCAGGGUUUGUAAUAACAUAUAAUCCAAUUAUGAGCAUUUAAAUUUGUCUUCUGCUUGAAUGCUGGAUUAUGAAAAAGGAGUAAUCACAUGUAAACGUCUUCAGCAGGGAAAAGUAGGGUGGGUGUCAGAAAUGACAAGUAGAUAAAACUUGUUUGAGUUGUCUGCUGCUGAAUACAAAAUGCCACAUUUUAAAAUAUGGCAAAAUGAAUUUCUCUCCAUGGUAAACCUGAGCUUUAAAAUUUAAAAUUGGCAGUUAUUGAAUUGCAAAUCUCCUUACUGAACUCUUAAGAUAAAAAUUUCUUAGUUGGCAAAUAGAAACACUUCUCCUCUUGCAAGGAAAGGCACCCAGUUUCACUGAUCUCCCCAUCCAAUCUUCACUGGUCUUUCAUGGCAGCCCUCUGCACCACAUCCCAUAAUGCUCAGGAGGACCCUCCUGCCCCUAGGAGCAGCUGGGCGGGGGACUUCAGAGGUCAGGGGAAAUCCGUGAUACCUAGCAGUUCUUCCACUUGCCUAAUGCAUACAUGUAGCCUACUUUAUUUAUGUAGCAUUUAGAAAGUAUAAAUAAUUUAGCAUUUAGAAAGUAUAAAUACUAAUUUAAAAUAGUAAGUUGCAGAAAUGUGCUUUCAUUUGUUUUGAUUAUUAAGAUACGGGAUGAUGUGCCUCUAAUUUAACACUUGUAGACUUAGUCACAAUGUUAUAAGCCAUUUUGUUUGGUCUUUGUCCAGAACAGUGGCAUAGAAUUAUUUAUUUUUUAAACUUAAAAAAAUUAAUAAAUGUGAGCACAGGGUCUCUGACCAAUUAAAUUCAUGUUGUGCUGUUGUUGGUAUGACAUCUCCUGCUUACAAAACUAGGCCACAUUGGGCUUUUGAAGAAAGCUCCUCAUUGGGCCAACACACUGAGCAUCUUGAAAUGGAUUCAAGAGUCCUCUAUUCAAGAUGAUCUCUAAUCUCUUGGGAACUACAUGUUUUUAAGUUUUAUCACAUGCUCCAGGGCAACAAUUGUGCCCCAUUUGGUGUUAUACUGAAAAAAGUUGAAAUGCAAACAUCCAGUAGCUUAAAAAAAAAAAAAAAAAAGCCCAACAAAAUUGGUCUCAUUUUUCUGUGUACCACAUGUUGGAGGUGUCCAAAUUACAGCACAUCCUGCUUAUAGUAUCGUUUGAAUUGAGACAUAAAUGUUGGCUUUCCGUCAUACUGGAUAAUAUCUAGGUAUAUACUGUAUAUACUGGCUGUCACAGUAGACAAAACAAACUUGCAUCGAAAUGCCACUUUAACAUACACAAAAGCACCAAAGCGGUUGACUUGGUUAUAAUUGUGAACUAUUAAGUUACACAAAAAGGAUGCUCAGGGUACCAAACCAUGACAACCAAUAGGAUAAUGACAUCACUAUCUCAUUGUACUCUCUUGAGAGGCCUGUUCACUGCUUAAACAAGGGCCACAGUUUGCCUAGAUACACCUUGGGCCCAUUCUGGCAAGAACUAGCCAUGUCUAAGUCCCAUUGAAAGCACUUAAAUGCUUAACACCCAUUGAUUUUGAUGGGACUUAAAUAUGUCUAACUUUCUCUGGAAUUGAAUCUUUAUGAUCUGAGGAUAUAAUUCUUUUCCAUCUUGUUCCUGAGUAUAUGGAGAUCCGACUGACCAUCCUUAAAGGUUUGUAAUUAUUGCUGAGAUACAUAAGAAGCAGUUUGAGCACUGAAAAGCAUUAUAUAUAAAUGCUGCAUUUUUGUUGUUGUGGGAAACCAUAAUAAAAUGCACAAGGAGCAAUUUGCCUUUCAUUCAGUUUUGCUGAACAACAUUCCAGAGGUCACUGGAGUUCAUGUACAUGUGUUUUGUCUUUUCUUUUAAACAGUGCAUCUGGUGCGAGUGUUGUAGCCAUUGACAACAAAAUAGAACAGGCGAUGGUAAGUAGAGAACUGAACUGUUUAAUUCUUAAAGAGCGCUGGGUUUGUAGCCUGCUGUCGUCAUUUUUGCAUAACCUACAUUGAUGGAUUGUAAGGCCACAUCAGGAAGAGAUGUUAAAGGUAGAAAAUCAUAAAGCAGACCCAAGCAAUUGUUUGUCUGUUGAGGACUCCAUAUAGGUGGAAAACAGCAGUUUACAUGAUAAUACAGUACAGUAUCAUGUAUAGCAUGAACAUGUUAGGCUUCAACCUGCUGCUGCUUGCUGGCACUGUGCCCUUGUGCCAUGCCAUUUAUGCAAUUAUGAGCAAAGAAGCACCAAUUGUAAAGUCAUCUGGAAGUUCAUGUAGUGCCAUUCCAAAUGUGUUCAUGCACUUUCGGGGGGUGGGUGGGAGAAUCCAUGUGUAAACCGAUAUAUUACUACAGUGAAGUUAAUGUACAGUGGUAUCUCGGGUUACAUACGCUUCAGGUUACAGACUCCGCUAACCCAGAAAUAAUACCUCGGGUUAAGAACUUUGCUUCAGGAUGAGAACAGAAAUCGCACGGCGGUGGCAGCAGCAGGAGGCCCCGUUAGCUAAAGUGGUGCUUCAGGUUAAGAACAGUUUCAGGAUAAGAACAGACCUCCAGAACGAAUUAAGUACGUAACCAGAGGUAUCACUGUACAUCAUACCCAGGUCCAAAAGUUUUAGCUUACACCAAGACAAUGCUAAUUCUCUAGUAGGACUGCCGUUACUUUAGCACGUCAUUGUUUGGUAUGAUCAAAAGCAUUGCUUUGCUAUCCAAAAUCUUUGAUGUGUUGGCCAUUGCUUCAGUACCAGGCCUGUGUAGACCUUGUCUCAGGCCCGGGAGUCUUGUUAGAAUAAAGUUUUAUGCUCAGGCAAAAAGGCAGCUGGCUCCUAGCCGGGCUCCCCGACUGGAUUAGCCCUCUGAGGCCCAGGGCAAGUGUACUUGGCUGCCACUCUCCCCUUCCGUGGGCCUGUUCAGUACUGCAUCCAGACAUUUUAAAAAAUAGCACGUGUAAGGAUUUUAGUUUACAAAAGGCUUGGCAGCUAGAGGAAGAGCUGUUACAUCUGCAUGCUUUCCGGCCAUCCAGUUUUGGAGGAAAAAAAUGAAGGGAGAACAAAUUCUACUGAAAAAAAUAGUAGGGCAAACCAUGGACAGAAAACAGUGUUUCUUUCUGCCCUGAGUCUAAGCGAAUAUUGGUCCGAAUGCAUUAUUCUAUUCCAUGAAAUGCCAAAGUCAGUAGUCUACUUUAAUGUUCCAAACUAAUGUGCUGUUUCCUGUUGUGUUGGCUCCCACCAGUUAUGCAAAGAUACUUUUGGGCUCCGGAAACAGCUUCAUUUCCAAGUUGCUUGAAAUUCUUUAUUGAAAACAUUUUAUAACCUGCCUUCCCUCAUAAAUGUACAUCAGAUCACUAUAGGAAUGGUAAAACUGGUUUGUUUUUACUAGCUUAGUCAUAAUGAAAAGUAAAAAAGCAGCUGCUGCAAAAAGCCCAGGAAAUGGAGUGCCUUCCUCUAAUAUGUGAAAGGCAGAAAAAUAGAUGCUAAGUGGUCUGCUCUCAGGAGAGUGUUGCAAAGACUGAGCCCUGCCAGUGAAAAAUGCCCUGUGAUCAGUUGCCACCUACUUAGUCUCUAAAGGCAGGAACAGGCUCUCUGAAGAUAGAACUGAAUGGUCAGGUUCAUCCAGGGGCAUGUGAUCCUCCAGUCUUUCCAUGGGUUUUCUGAUAAGAAAAGUGUUGCCACUCAAAACGCAUCAGUUCAAGUUGGGCAAGACUAGCAAGCCCCAUGUUUUUAAUCAGUAUUUAUGGUCAUGUGAUGGAGAGCUAGUGGGGAUCCCUGUGGUGCAAGUGGAUUAGUUUCCAGAGUACCAGCUCUGUUAGCCUCAGUGUCACUGCUGCAAACAAGAGUAGACAAAGAUUUUGUUUGUACGUAAUCAUAAAGAAUGUACAGAAUUCAAAGCUAAGCAAUAUGGCAAAAUUGGGGGUUACUUCAGAAGCACACAAAAUCAAUCUAAUCAUACAUACAAUAUAGGUUCUGUAAAAAUAACUUGCCUGUGGUUGUGAUCCUCAGAUUUAAAAGAGCAGAACUUCUUAAAAAUUAGCCAAAAUAGGAAGCUUGGGUCACAGCGUUUGUUUUCUUACAUUUGCCCAUGAGAAAAGAGACCAUUUUAAUCCAGUUUACAACAGUUUACUUGUCACAGACAAGUUCUGUCCCUGUUUAGCCAGGAUGCUGACUUGAUGGGCAAUAGCAACUAUGAUUUACUUCAUAGGGGUGUUGAAGCUUAAAUAUAAUUAUCUGAGCUCCUUGAGGUGUGAGAUAUUAAUGUAGAGCCUAGGGCUUGCUGAUCAGAAGGUCAGCGGUUCGAAUCCCUGCGACGGGGUGAGCUCUCGUUGCUCAGUCCUAGCUCCAGUUCGAAAGCACAUCAAAGUGCAAGUAGAUAAAUAGGUACCACUCUGGCGGGAAGGUAAACGGUGUUUCUGUGUGCUGCUCUGGUUGGCCAGAAGCAGCUUAGUCAUGCUGCCCACAUGACCCGGAAGCUGUCUGCAUACAAAUGCCUAUAGAGCGAGAUGAGCGCUCAACCCCCGAGUCGUCUGUGACUAGACCUAAUGGUCAGGGGUACCUUUACCUUUUUAAUGUUUAUGGGUUUUCAGCCACCAUUUUGGAGAGCUCUCUGAACUAGAGCAUUGCUUAUUAUCUAUUUCUGUCAACAAAAAUAUUAUGAAGCUUUUUGAGAGUAAGAAAUCCCUGUAUUUAGGUUACCUUCCUGAAAGCAACAUAUAGACAUGUAGCAUUGGUGUUUUUUGAGUGCUUUGGAAGUUGGCCAUAAUACAGCAAGUGAAUUCAAUGCUGGGGAGUUAAUCCUGUGUAUUUUGAUUUCUAGAUAUUUCUAUUUAACUUGUGGUGCUAGGAUCCAAAUUUAACUGUUAAUGAAGUUACGCCCAAGAAUUUGGUGCAAAGUAAAAGUCUGUUUAUAGAAAUUAAAUCUAACGAUUAAUUUGCCGUUUGCAGGAUCUGGUGAAAAGCCAUUUGAUGUACGCAGUCAGAGAAGAAGUGGAAGUACUGAAGGAACAAAUAAAAGAAUUAGUCGAAAGAAACUCUUUACUUGAACGGGAAAAUGCACUGUUAAAAUCUCUCUCAAACAACGAUCAGUUAUCCCAGCUCUCAACCCAACAGGCCAACCCCAGUAGCACUUCUCAACAGCAAACAGUGAUAGUACAGCCAACGCAACCUCCGCAGCAGCCGAAUGUCUCCUCAGCAUAAAGCUUUCUUGCCUCAUUAAGAAACUGAAAGCAAUCUGUCCUUGUGUGCCACUGGUGUUCUUUCCACUUUAUAUGAAAGCGAGUAGCCAUGCUUCAGUUGUGUGUUUUGGCCUUUUCAGUAUUAGACAAUCAUUCUACAAGAGCUUUCCCUCACUGAGAUGUCAUGCAGCACAGUUGGUGUUCAAUUAUGCCAUCAGUGCAAAAGGGAAAUGAUAGAAGGAGUUAUAAUGCAAAAGUCUGCAUUUAUUUGGUGCACAUGAGUGGGGUCUUUAAGAGCUUUGGUGAGGCUCUUCAAGGUUUCCAUUACUCAUGGAUUACUUUGAGCCUUGCUUUUUCACAUAGCAACAAACUCAUCUUUAGAGCCACUGUUCUUUCAAUUAUAAGUAACAUUUGCCUACAUUAGUUUCAUUUAUUUGUGUUUUUAUUUAUUACAGGGCUGCUAUUCAUAAUGUACAUGAACAAUGUCACAGAACUUUUAAUUUUUUUAAAAAAAUAAAUGUAAGUAUCAGUAAAAAUUGAUAUAGGCAGGAUUGAGUUUAAUAGAUAAAAUGUUUAGGCAAUAAUUGAACAAAAGAAUCCUGGCAUAUUUCUAACACUAAUGGCAAUUUACCUUUUGGUAUUUAUUUUCAGUAGUUAAGACCCAGCUUGAAUGUAAAUUUUUGUAUAUUGUAAGUAUGAAGACCAUAGUGCGUCUGUACAGGUAGUCGCCAGUCAUUGUGAGAUAAUUGAUGGGCUAUUUUGAUGAAGAAAACUUUGCUCAUUUCUGUUUCUACUUUCUAAUAGAGAAAUUGCCAUGAUUCCUCUGCUUUUUGACAUUUCGUAUGAUUAUUAUUAUUUUUUGGGUGGGAAUAAAAAGCUGUGAAAUUGUUCAACCUACUUUGUAACCAAAGAAGCAAAGCUGUGUAAUUGAGUUUUUAUUUUAUAAUGCACAUUCUUUAUGUAUUUUUAUUUAGUGUUCUCAUUCACAUUUUUCUUUGCUGUCUAGCAUGAUCUGCAUGACCUAUAAUCUUUGAACCACUUUCGUACCUCAUGUUUUAUCCAGCACUCUUAUUGUGAUAUGUAAUAGUCUGUGAACAAUGUCAAAUAAAAAAAAGAAAGAACAGCUAGUGUUGGUGGAGCUGAGCUGGUGUGUUACGCACUAGUUUAAAAAAUGAAGUGAGCCAUCUUUUGUUCAUUUAAAAUGGUGUUUUGAAUUUCGUAUGCAGAAAACGUUUUGUUACAUUGCAGAUUUUAAUGUAUUUAAUAAAUGCAACAUGCAGAUUAAGUGCAGUGUAUACUGAGUAUUUAAAUUAAAAUGUACAUUUCAUAAAUACAGUUUCAAGAGACCAUUUGUGUAUACUAACGUAGUAUGUCAGAAGUUGAUGUACAGUAUAUUUUAACACUUUCUGAAAUUAAACUGCAGUUUUGUUG